AUGGCAUUAAAUCGGCCUCAAAUCAACGUUUAUGAUGAAACAGGAGGCUUAACAGGCUCUACACUGUGUUUUCCAAGUGUUUUAGAGGCACCUAUACGGCCGGAUCUUGUACAAUCGGUCCAUACAUUAGUAGCAAAGAAUAAACGGCAGCCGUAUGCAGUGAGUUCACGGGCAGGACACCAGACAUCAGCAGAGUCAUGGGGAACAGGAAGGGCAGUUUCACGUGUUCCACGAGUAUCAGGAGGAGGGACUCACCGUGCAGGACAGGCAGCAUAUGGGAAUAUGUGCCGUGGAGGCCAUAUGUUUGCCCCGACAAAGGUCUGGAGGAAGUGGUGUUUCAAGGUGAAUUUGAAUGAAAAACGGUAUGCAAUUUCAUCAGCAUUGGCGGCAUCAGCAGUCCCAUCUCUUGUGUUAGCACGGGGACAUCGUAUUGAGACGGUCCCGGAGAUACCCUUGGUGGUAUCGGAGAGAGUGGAGUCGCUUCAUAAGACACGGGAGGCGGUUGGGGUCUUAAAUUCUCUUAAAGCAUAUGCAGAUGUGGUCAAAGUGAUUGAUUCACGCAAAUACCGGGCAGGGAAGGGUAAAAUGAGGAAUAGGCGGUACCGCCAGCGCCGGGGGCCUCUUAUUGUUUAUGCAGAAGACAAGGGGCUUGUUAGGGCGUUCCGUAAUAUCCCGGGAGUCGAGCUUGUCAAUGUCCGUGCUUUAAAUCUUCUCCAGCUAGCACCGGGUGGCCAUCUUGGACGGUUUAUUAUAUGGACACAGUCUGCAUUUGAGAUGCUUGAUUCGUUGUAUGGCACAACCGAGGUCCCGGCUUCACUUAAAAAGAAUUAUACGUUGCCAUUUAGUAUUGUUGCUCAGCCAGACAUUACUCGUAUCAUCAAUUCAGACGAAAUUCAGUCCGUUCUUCGAGCAAAAGGUCCUCGGCAGACACGGCGCAGGGUUUGCCAGAAGAAAAAUCCCCUUAGGAAUCGCCGCCUUAUGCUCAAGCUUAAUCCAUAUGCAAAGGUUCUUUUGGAACAUGCUUCUUCGGUUGUAAAAAAGAAGCGUGAAGCUCGUGAAACUGCCUCUAAAAAGUUUAUCGAGAUCAUAAAAUCUGAUUAG